ACUCGGAUAGUGAUGAGAUUAUGCAGAAGAAGUCAAGAGACACUUCCUACCUCCUCAGAGGAAAUUCUUAAAGAUCUCAAUGCGAUUACUCAGCUAUGCAUUAGCACAUUAUUGGAAAUAUCAGCUAAUUCAGAUGGCGGAAAGAGAAUAAGGAAAAGGAUGUAG